GAUCCUCGCCGACUACAAAUGAUCUCAUUGGGCGCGGCAAGGAUAAGGAGUUUGUUGUGCAGUGGUUGAGGAAUUUAUCAAAUGAGCCUCGGACAACUGAUUUGUACGGAAACAUUUCUCUUCUAUCUAUAGUGGGACAUGGUGGUAUGGGGAAGACAACUCUAUUGCAACAUGUCUAUGAAGAUGAAAUUACAAAGGAAUUUGAUCUGAAAAUGUGGGUUUGCGUUUCCAACAACUUUGAUGUGAAAAAAGUCAUUGCAGAUAUGUUAUCAACUCUUAAGAAGAAGAGGCCUCGUUUGGACGAAUCACUUGAUGCACUUCAACUUAGUCUUAGGACUGAAAUUAUGUCCAAGAAGUUCUUACUUAUUCUGGAUGACAUUUGGCAGCAGGAGGAGGAGAACCGGGAUAUCAGCAAAUGGGAGAAGGUGCUCGCCCCUCUGGCUUAUGGGAAAAUUGGUGGUGGGAUUUUGGUAACAACUCGAAUGGACUCUGUUGCAACUAUGAUAGCAAAGGUGAUUAAAACGAAGAAGGAAACAAUCAAAUUAAAGGGCUUGGAGGAAGAUCAGUGUUUGCAGCUCCUCAACUCUCAUGCAUUUGCUGGUGUAGAGAACCCCCCUGGUGCUCAUAAAAAAUUAAAAGCCAUUGCUGGAGAGAUUGUUAAAAAGAUUUCAGGAUCUCCAUUGGCCGCAAAGGUCAUCGGUGGUGUUUUGAAUUCUAGUUUGGAUGAAAGACAUUGGACAAAAGUUUUAAGUAGUGAUUUUAUAAGUCCAAAAUCAGGUCAAGAUGACAUCUUGACCAUUUUAAGACUGAGCUAUACGUUCCUCCCAAAACAUCUACAAAAUUGUUUCACAUUUUGUUCUAUAUUUCGACAAGAUCAUGAGUUUUAUAAAGAUGAUUUAGUCCAAAUGUGGAUUGCAUUGGGUUUCAUUCAGCAACCUCAUGAUCAAGAAUGGACUAUAGAGGAUAUUGGAGGAAGCUAUUUUGAUGAUUUGGUUAAAAAAUCUUUCUUUGAUAAGUUUGAUUCAGAGUUUGGAGGAUGCUACUACAAGAUGCAUGAUUUAAUACAUGCAUUGGCACAAUCAAUUUCCAUGCAUGAAUGUUUAAGAGUUGAGGAUGGUACAAAGUUGCCUUCUAUAAUUCCUAAGACACUUCGACAUUUGUCUAUUGAAACUACAAAUCUAGACAUCAUAAAAAAGAUUGGGCAGGUUAAAUAUUUGCAUUCUAUUUUCUUGAUCCAAAAAGCUUCUAAUCAGGAUAUUUCCAGCGCACUUGUUGAAAUUUUAAAAGCAUCGAGAAGCCUACGCUUAUUAGAAAUAUCUGCUCUAUCCUUGGAAAUGAUACCUGAGGAGAUUGGGAAUUUGAUACAUCUUAGAUAUUUGUGCAUUUUAGAUGGGAAGUUUACUAUGCUGCCAAGAUCUCUAAGUACUCUCUAUCACCUGCAAUACUUAACCUGUAGCGGAUUGAGAGAAAGCCAACCUAAAGUUGAUUCUUUACCUCGUGACAUAAAUAACCUUUCUAACUUGUGUUACUUGAGGUUGCCCCAGAAUUAUAUUUCAUUGAUAUGUGGGAUUGGGAAGCUAAAGUUUCUUCAAGAAUUGAAUAUUGAUCUUAGAGAUGUGAUUGGUUAUGGAAUUGGAGAGCUGGAGAAUAUGAAUGAUCUUUGCAAAUUAAGUAUCAAUUGCCUUGAAAAUAUUAAGAAUGUGGAGGAGGCUUGUAGUGCCAAAUUACGUGCCAAGACGAGGCUCACAGAUCUAACAUUAUGUUGGAGUAACACUGAUUCGAGGAACAUCGAUUUAGAUGAGAACAUGCUCGACAACCUUCAACCACCAACAUGUCUAAGGAAUCUGAGCAUAGACAGCUACAUGGGUGUAAG